AUGUGCCGCAACAAGAUAGAGAAGCUCCGCAGCAGGUACCGCGUCGAGCUCCACGCAGUUUCCUCGGAUGUAGUGGGUUCCAAUUGGCCCUAUUUCGCUCUCAGCGAUUUAGGGUUUCUUCAAUACGCGAAAGCUGCUGCAGCUGUGAUGGGAGCAAAGAGGAAAAGAGCAGAGGAGGAAGAAGAAAGGCGCGAAAAGGGGGUUUGGGUUGGUGGAUGA